AUGAUUUGUUGUCACAUCUCUUCAGCAAAGUUAAGGAACAACGGCACAGGUAACACCUGUCUCAAACAAACACAAUAUUUAGAGUUGUUCUCAAUUCCAUCUGAAUAGAUAUCAGUUCAGCAAAGGAAUUCAAAUUGAAAUACAUGAAGUGAUAAUUGUCUGUUAUUUACCACAAGGAUUAGACAGACUAGUCUUGCAGCUCCUCACCAUGACAAGUUUCAAGGUUGACAUAAAAUGCUUGUUCACCAUCACUAACCACCAUGUUGUUUUCAGCCAUGAUGACAGAUAUGGGGACUUUUGCCUUAAAGCAGCUGUGAGGCUUCUGGAGACCAUUUGUAAGAAUAUGAAAAAUGAUUUGGACCAUGGGAUUCCUUUGGUUUGCCUGGAUCUUAUCAGUGUGAUUGCAGAAACGGCUGGUGUCUCCCAUCUCCAGGUAUAUCCGAAAACAACCAUGAAUUCAAUCUUUGCUCUUUGCUCUAAAAAUAAAAAAAUAUGUUUACGUUUUAAUAAUCUCAUAACAACUCAGAAUAAUUAAGAAAAGAGUAGGCAGAUGAAUAAUGAAGAAAAGAGUAGGCAGAUGAAUAAUGAAGAAAAGAGUAGGCAGAUGAAUAAUGAAGAAAAGAGUAGGCAGAUGAAUAAUGAAGAAAAGAGUAGGCAGAUGAAUAAUGAAGCUCAUGAUCUUUACUCCAGGUGGACAUACAGUGAUACAAACUGAUGUACAGUUGAAGUCGGAAGUUGACAUACACCUUAGCCAAAUACAUUUAAACUCAGUUUUUCAUAAUUCUUGACAUUUAAUCCUAUAAGUUGGGUGAAUUUUGGCCCAUUCCUCCUGACAGAGCUGGUGUAACUGAGCCAGGUUUGUAGGCCUCCUUGCCCGCACACACUUUUUCAGUUCUGCCCAGAAAUGUUCUAUAGGAUUGAGGUCAGGGCUUUGUGAUGGCCACUCCAAUACCUUGACUUUGUUGUCCUUAAGCCAUUUUGCCACAACUUUGGAAGUAUGCUUGGGGUCAUUGUCCAUUUGGAAGACCCAUUUGCGACCAAGCUUUAACUUCCUGACUGAUGUCUUGAGAUGUUGCUUCAAUAUAUCCACAUAAUUUUCCUUCCUCAUGAUUCCAUCUAUUUUGUGAAUUGCACCAGUCCCUCCUGCAGCAAAGCACCCCCACAGCAUGAUGCUGCCACCCCCGUGCUUUACGGUUGGGAUGGUGUUCUUCGGUUUGCAAGUCAUCCCCUUUUUCCUCCGAUGGUCAUUAUGGCCAAACAGUUCUAUUUUUGUUUCAUCAGACCAGAGGACAUUUCUCCAAAAAGUACGAUCUUUGUCCCCAUGUGCAGUUGCAAACCGUAGUCUGGCUUUUUUAUGGCGGUUUUGGAGCAGUGGCAUCUUCCUUGCUGAGCGGCCUUUCAGGUUAUGUCGAUAUAGGACUCGUUUUACUUUGGAUAUAGAUACUUUUGUACCUGUUUCCUCCAGCAUCUUCACAAGGUCCUUUGCUGCCGUUUUACAGCCCUCUAACCAACCCUCUAACCCAGGGGUCCCCAAACUUUUUCCUGUGAGGGCCACAUAACUUUUCUCUUCUCUGAUGGGGGGCCGGUGUCAGUUUGUAACAGAAAAAGUGUGACGAUCGUAGGGGAGCUUAAAAAAUUUAUUGUUUUCCAGAAAGCCACACAUAACCAAAUAACCCUUUCCAGGUUCUUUACAGAAAAAAAGUCAGGAAACAAAUAAUAACACUAUUAAUGAAAUAAAUAAUAACUAAAUAACCCUCUCUGAGUUCUUCACAGAAAAAACAGGAAAUAAAUAACACUAUUUAUGAAAUAAAUAAUAACUAAAUAACUCUCUCUGGGUUCUUCAUAGAAAAAAAAGCCAUGGAACAUUAACUUUCUGUUGUGCCAUGCACAAUCUUAACAGAUAAAAGUUCAGCUCAGUUGUCAGAGCAGAAUCUCUCUGACACAUAUGAGCAGUCUCUUAAAGUUCUUGUGUUCCUUCCUUAUAAUCCUUUUGUAGGUUCCAGUAGGCUUGUAGACACCGCUGUUUGCAGCUCUCUCUCAUCAACUUCCCUGUGAAAACCACAAAGGAAGCAGGUUGAGAAACUGAACUAAGUGAUACAGCACCUACACAGCACAAUACAUUUCACUACCAGUAUGGUUGUAAAGAUGGAUUUUAUCCCAGUAGAUUUUAUUAUGAUUAUAUUUGUUUAUGCUCAGAAUGACUCAUUCAAGUCAGAAAAGUGAGCUUACCUAUGUAUGUUCAUCAGUGUGAACUGUGGGCCUGCAUCUGGCUGGUGAGAAGUUGAAUAUCAGGUUCCAUUCUAGUUACAGCCAGUCUCAAGCACUGAUGCAAAUGUUCAUCUGUCAAUCUUGAUCUCAUCGGAGUUUUCAGCAGUUUCAUGCGAGAAAAGGUUUUCUCGCAGAUAUACGUGCUGCCAAAAACUGUGGACAUUUUCAUUGCGUGUUUUUUGAUGUUUGGAUAUGUGUCGUUUGGGAGGGCGGCAUAGAAGUCAAUGAGACUGUUGGGCUUGAAUGCGUCUUUCAGAACAUCACAGUUCUGUAACUCAGCCAACUCAAACUGAUAUGAAGGCUGGGCUUCAUCAAUGUCGGCAACAAAGGGGUUCUGAAAAAGACGGAUUUCUUUUGCAUGAACAUGUAGUUCACUGAAUCGCACACCGAACUCCGCCUUCAGCAUUUCCAGUGCUUCCACGCACUUUUCAGCUGGGAACGGGACCGCUGGGUUCUCUGUCGACAGGUUUUGGGUAGCAGGAAGAUGGACGAAGUUGCGCUUUUUCACUUGUUCCAAAAGCAGCGCUAAUUUCACCUCAAAUGCUUUUAUGUGUGAAUACAUGUCGCAAAUGAGUUUCCCCUCGCCUUGUAGCUGCAAGUUAAGGCUGUUAAGUAUUUCUGUCACGUCUGUUAAAAAUGCGAGGUGCCAUUUCCAUUCUGGGUCGAUCAGCUCUGGGACCGUUUUGUCUUUUAAAUGAAGAAAUGCGUUAAUUUCGGGUAGCAGCUCGUAAAAACGCCUCAAAACUCUGCCCCGGCUCAGCCAUCGGACCUCUGUGUAGUACAGCACAUCUCCGUGCGUAGACUCCAGUUCAGACAGGAAUUAUUGGAACUGCCUGUGUUUAAGUCCCUUUGCUCUGAUGAAGUUUAUGCACGACACCACAACCUUCAUUACAGAAUCCCACGUCAACACUUUGCAGCACAGUGCUUGCUGGUGAAUUAGGCAGUGGACUCGUAGCGGGGCGGUGAGACCCCUUUUUUCCAACUCCCGGUUCAUGCGUCCUAUUAGACCGCGAGUUUCGCCCACCAUGCUAGGAGCCCCGUCAGUCGUGAUGCUAGCUAGCUUUGACCAGUCCAGGUCCAACUUCUCCAUGGUUUGGCACACUUUGUCAAAAAUAUCCUCUCCCGUUGUAGUCCCUUUGAGACUUUGGAGGGCUGCCAGCUCCUCGCAUAUCUCAAAGUUUGCGCUAACUUCACGAAUAAAAAUGAGCAGUUGCGCUGUGUCUUGCACGUCCGUGCUCUCAUCCAGUGCUAAUGAAAAAAGGUCAAAUUCUUUCGUCUUCUGCUGCAGCUGGGCAUAUACAUUACUCCCGAUUUCUUCAACGCGUCUGGUGAUUGUACUCGCCGACAGACUUACGGCAUUAAAUGCAUCUUUCUUCUCGGGACACACCUCCUCCGCGACAGCAUCCAUACAUUUCUUAACAAACUCUCCGUCAGUGAAAGGCUUACCGCUGCUUGCUAUCAGUUUAGCAACCCGAAAGCUGGCCCGAACGGAUGCCUGGUUCAGCUGAGCUUGGCGUACAAAUGUAUUCUGCUGAGAUAGUAGUCCACUUUUUAGCUUUGAGAGUUUGUCUGCUCGUAUUUGGCCUUGCAAGCUAUCGUACUUGUCUUUGUGACGGGAUUCAUAGUGUCGGCGAAGAUUGUAUUCUUUGAAUACCGCCACCGUCUCUUGACAGAUGAGACAAACAGCCUUUUCUUUGCAUUGAACAAAAAAAUAAUCGUUUGUCCACUGCAGGUUAAAUACCCUGCAUUCUGAAUCAAUUUUUCUCUUACCUAACCUUUUCGCCAUUAUUCCGUUCUCUCUUUGACAGGGCCGGGCCUAGGAUUUUUUUUCUGGAGGCCAAAUAGGAAAAAAAUCCGAUAGCGUCUCUGGUAUUGUUCAGAGGGCCGGGCCAAAUGUGCUGACGGGCCGUAUUCGGCCCGCGGGCCGUAGUUUGGUGACCACUGCUCUAACCAAUUGUACUAUUAUGUGUGUUUUUCCGCGUUAUUUGUAAUUUAUUUUGUACAUAAUGUUUCUGCCAUCGUCUCUUAUAACCAAAAAGAGCUUCUGGAUAUCAGGACAGCGAUUACUCACCUCGCAUUGGACGAAGAUUUUUUCUUCAACGAGGCGGCCGCGAAGGAUAUCAUACAGACACCCGACAAGGCCCAAAUCCCCGUCAUUCGCGUGAGGAAGAGACGGAGAUAUCGCGGACGCAGAUCCGGGUGCCUUGUAAGGAUCCGACGGCGAGCGAGUAAACUGCCUCUUCCAUCAAUCCUAUUAGCCAACGUUCAAGCUUUUGAGAAUAAAAUGGACGAUUUAAGAUUACGGUUAUCCUACCAACGGGACAUUCAAAACUGUAAUAUCUUAUGUUUCACGGAGUCGUGGCUGAACGACAACAAUGAUAACAUUCAGCUAGCAGGCUAUACGCUACAUCGGCAGGACAGAACGGCUGACUCUGGUAAGACAAGGGGUGGCGGUCUGUGUAUAUUUGUAAACAACAGCUGGUGCACAAAAUCAAAUACUAAGGAAGUCUCGAGGUUUUGCUCGCCUGAGGUAGAGUAUCUUAUGAUAAGCUGUAGACAACACUAUUUACCAAGAGAGUUUUCAUCUAUAUUUUUCAUAGCUGUCUAUUUACCACCACAAACCAAUGCUGGCAUUAAGAUUGCACUGAAUGAGUUGUACAAGGCCAUUAAUCAACAGGAAAACGCUCAUCCAGAUGCAGCGCUCCUAGUGGCCGGGGACUUUAAUGCAGGGAAACUUAAAUCCGUUCUACCUAAUUUCUACCAGCAUGUUAAAUGUGCAACCAGGGGGAAAAAAACUCUAGACCACCUUUACUCCACACACAGAGACGCAUACAAAGCUCUCCCUCGCCCUCCAUUUGGCAAAUCUGACCAUAACUCUAUCCUCCUUAUUCCUGCUUAUAAGCAAAAACUGAAGCAGGAAGCACCAGUGAUUCGGUUAAUAAAAAAGUGGUCAGAUGACGCAGAUGCUAAGCUACAGGACUGUUUUGCUAGCACAGACUGGAACAUGUUCCGGGAUUCUUCAGACAGCAUUGAGGAGUACACCACAUCAGUCACUGGCUUCAUCAAUAAGUGCAUCGAUGAUGUCGUCCCCACAGUGACCGUACGUACAUACCCCAACCAGAAGCCAUGGAUUACAGGAAACAUCCGCACUGAGCUAAAGGGUAGAGCUGCCGCUUUCAAGGAACGGGACUCUAACCCGGACGCUUAUAAGAAAUCCCGCUAUGACCGCCGACAAACCAUCAAACAGGCAAAGAGUCAAUACAGGUCUAAGAUUGAAUCAUACUACACUGGCUCUGACGCUUGUCGGAUGUGGCAGGGCUUGAAAACUAUUACAGACUACAAAGGGAAGCACAGCCGCGAGCUGCCCAGUGACACAAGCCUACCAGACGAGCUAAACCACUUCUAUGCUCGCUUCGAGGCAAGCAACACUGAAGCAUGCAUGAGAGCACCAGCUGUUCCGGAUGACUAUGUGAUCACGCUCUCCGUAGCCGAUGUGAGUAAGACUUUUAAGCAGGUCAACAUUCACAAGGCCGCAGGGCCAGACGGAUUACCAGGACGUGUACUCCGAGCAUGUGCUGACCAACUGGCAAGUGUCUUCACUGACAUUUUCAACAUGUCCCUGACUGAGUCUGUAAUACCAACAUGUUUCAAGCAGACCACCAUAGUCCCCGUGCCCAAGAACUCUAAGAUAACCUGCCUAAAUGACUACCGACCCGUAGCACUGACGUCUGUAGCCAUGAAGUGCUUUGAAAGACUGGUCAUGGCUCACAUCAACAGCAUAAUCCCAGAAACCCUAGACCCACUCCAAUUUGCAUACCGCCCCAACAGAUCCACAGAUGAUGCAAUCUCUAUCGCACUCCACACUGCCCUUUCCCACCUGGACAAGAGGAACACCUACGUGAGAAUGCUAUUCAUUGACUACAGCUCAGCAUUCAACACCAUAGUGCCCUCUAAGCUCAUCACUAAGCUAAGGAUCCUGGGACUAAACACCUCCCUCUGCAACUGGAUCCUGGACUUCCUGACGGGCCGCCCCCAGGUGGUAAGGGUAGGUAACAACACAUCUGCCACACUGAUCCUCAACACGGGGGCCCCUCAGGGGUGCGUGCUCAGUCCCCUCCUGUACUCUCUGUUCACCCAUGACUGCAUGGCCAGGCACGACUCCAACACCAUCAUUAAGUUUGCCGACGACACAACAGUGGUAGGCCUGAUCACCGACAACGAUGAGACAGCCUAUAGGGAGGAGGUCAGAGAUCUGGCCGUGUGGUGCCAGGACAACAACCUCUCCCUCAACGUGACCAAGACAAAGGAGAUGAUUGUGGACUACAGGAAAAAAAAAAAGAGGACUGAGCACGCCCCCAUUCUCAUCGACGGGGCUGUAGUGGAACAGGUUGAGAGCUUCAAGUUCCUUGGUGUCCACAUCACCAACAAACUAUCAUGGUCCAAACACACCAAGACAGUCGUGAAGAGGGCACGACAAAGCCUAUUCCCCCUCAGGAGACUAAAAAGAUUUGGCAUGGGUCCUCAGAUCCUCAAAAAAUUCUACAGCUGCACCAUCGAGAGCAUCCUGACUGGUUGCAUCACCGCCUGGUAUGGCAACUGCUUGCCCUCUGACCGCAAGGCACUACAGAGGGUAGUGCGUACGGCCCAGUACAUCACUGGGGCAAAGCUUCCUGCCAUCCAGGACCUCUAUACCAGGCGGUGUCAGAGGAAGGCCCUCAAAAUUGUCAAAGACUCCAGCCACCCUAGUCAUAGACUGUUCUCUCUGCUACCGCACGGCAAGCGGUACCGGAGUGCCAAGUCUAGGUCCAAAAGACUUCUCAACAGCUUCUACCCCCAAGCCAUAAGACUCCUGAACAGCUAAUCAUGGCUACCCGGACUAUUUGCACUGCCCCCCCACCCCAUCCUUUUUACACUGCUGCUACUCUGUUAAGUAUUUAUGCAUAGUCACUUUAACUCUACCCACAUGUACAUAUUACCUCAACUACCUCAACUAGCCGGUGCCCCCGCACAUUGACUCUGCAACGGUACCCCCCUGUAUAUAUAGCCUCCCUACUGUCACUUUAUUUUACUUCUGCUCUUUUUUUCUCAACACUUUUUUUGUUGUUGUUUUAUUCUUACUUUUUUUGUUUAAAAUAAAUGCACUGUUGGUUAAGGGCUGUAAGUAAGCAUUUCACUGUAAUGUCUGCACCUGUUGUAUUCGGCGCAUGUGACCAAUAACAUUUGAUUUGAUUUGAUUUGAUUUGUUCUGGGAUUGAUUUGCACUUUUCGCACCAAAGUAUGUUCAUCUCUAGGAGACAGAACGUGUGUCCUUCCUGAGCGGUAUGACGGCUGCGUGGUCCCAUGGUGUUUAUACUUGCGUACUAUUGUUUGUACAGAUGAACGUGGUACCUUCAGGCGUUUGGAAAUUGCUCCCAAGGAUUAACCAGACUUGUGGAGGUCUACAGUUUUUUUUUUCACUUCACAAAAUAGAUGGCAUCAUGAGGAAGGAAAAUUAUGUGGAUAUAUUGAAGCAACAUCUCAAGACAUCAGUCAGGAAGUUAAAUGGGUCUUGGCUGAUUUCUUUUGAUUUUCCCAUGAUGUCAAGCAAAGAGGCACUGAGUUUGAAGGUAGGCCUUGAAAUACAUCCACAGGUACACCUCCAAUUAACUCAAAAAUAUGUCAGUUAGCCUAUCAGAAGCUUCUAAAGCCAUGACAUCAUUUUCUGGAUUUUUCCAAGCGGUUUAAAGGCACAGUCAACUUAGUGUAUAUAAACUUCUGACACACUGGAAUUGUGAUACAGUGAAUUAUAAGUGAUAUGAUCUGUCUGUAAACAAUUGUUGGAAAAAUUACUUGUGUCAUGCACAAAGUAGAUGUCCUAACCGACUUGCCAAAACUAUAGUUUGUUAACAAGAAAUUUGUGGAGUGGUUGAAAAACGAUUUUUAAUGACUCCAACCUAAGUGUAUAUAAACUUCCGACUUCAACUGUAAAUCUCAAAAUGUGCUGCACAUAUAAAAAAAUAUAUUCAAUAUUGUGCAAUAAAUGGUAAACAAGAUGGCCUUGCUUGAAAUGAUAAUAAGCAUUUCAUGUUGUAUAUCUCUAAAACCCCAUACAUAACUUGAAUUCUUUAGGUUUUUUAGAAGGAAAGAAUCAACAUGGUGGUUCUUAAAGCAAAGAUUGUCAGAAUUUAUUUUCAAUACAGUCUGGCUUAGCAUUACAAGGCCGAUUAAAUGUUAAGCCAGGCUGAACUGAAUUGUAAUAUAAAGAGUGAUUUGUCCAAGAGAUGAAUAUUUGAUGAGUCUGAAUAUUUUUGUUAUGAAUUACUUAGGAAGUGACAAAUAACCUUUUGGAAAACACGAAGUUACAGGAGACCAUUACCAUCAUGAAGGAAUGGCUGCGAAUCACAUUCAAGAACAAAUUGGUGAAAGAUCUCAAUUACAUUGAUUUUGCAUCCAUGUAUGAGACUAAGGUAAGAGUUUUUGUUUGACCUAAUUAAAUAAUUGAUAUUAAAAAAAUAUUAUAUUUGUAUUAUUAUUAUUGCAGAACAGUUUCUAAUUUGGAAUUCUAGUGUUUGAUAAAAGGAAAACUUGAAGUAUGGUGAAAACCUUUUCCUGUAGGUCUGGAACAAGCUGAUCUCACUUAAAAUUGGUUCAGAAGAAUUCACCCAAUACUGGAGAAAUGCAUUCUUGAAUGAUUUUGAAGGAAAACUCAAACAGGUGAGAUACAUCUACAAGGUCAUCAAUUUAAAAAAUAUGUAUGUACAUCAUUCAUUCAUAUUUUGUAUGGCCAUCAGGAAACGUCCAUGCAUCAAAUUGAAAUAUACAUCAAUAAGAUAGAGGAAGUGAGCGGGACGCUGCCAUUCUUGAAGAACUCCUUGGAGAAAUGCGCUUUGGAAGCAGUCACAGUCAUUUGUCAGGCAAGAUGAAUAACAUCACUAUUUUGAAAACGCUCUCUAGUAGAAAUGAAAGUUCCAAUUUAAAUCUGGAAAUGUACAUUUACGUCAUUUAGUAGACGCUCUUAUCCAGAGCGACUUUUAAAUGAGCAAUUAGGGUUAAGUGCCUUGCUCAAGGUCACAUCGCCAGAUGUUUUUUCCCACCUAGUCAGCUCGGGGAUUUGAACCAGUGACCUUUUGGUUACUGGCCCAACGUUCUUAAUUGUUAGGCUACCUUAAUCGUUAGGCUGUGCAUUGAGUUUGUGAGGAAGUAAAGUAAUGCAUUUUUAUCUCCUAUUUUCAUUUGACAUGAUCAGGGGAGCUCUCAGGAGGCUCUAUUUGAACGGUUGAAAAAACUUGACUUUAGCAAGUUUCAGAGGCUAUUGUCUUCUAUUGUGAUGAAGUCCUGGCCCCAAACUGCCAACGGAGAAUACCUGGAAGGGGAGGAGUGUGUAGUGGAACAUCUUCUCAACUGGUCCAUGGCCAAAAGUGUCUUUAGAGUCCAAGGUGAAUUUUCUCAAGAAAUUCCACUGCUCUAACCAUUUCCACAACAAAUUCCACAUACAAUCAAGGCUAUCAUUGGGUGGGAAUUUUCACCACAUUUGUUUCUAGAAAAAUUUAUAUAAACUCAGCAAAAAAAGAAACGUUCUCUCACUGUCAACUGUGUUUAUUUUCUGCAAACUUAACAUGUGUAAAUAUUUGUAUGAACAUAACAAGAUUCAACAACUGAGACAUAAACUGAACAAGUUCCACAGACAUGUGACUAACACAAAUGGAAUAAUGUGUCACUGAACAAAGGGGGGGUCAAAAUCAAAAGUAACAGUCAGUAUCUGGUGUGGCCACCAGCUGCAUUAAGUACUGCAGUGCAUCUCCUCCUCAUGGACUACACCAGAUUUGCCAGUUCUUGCUGUGAGAUGUUACCCCACUCUUCCACCAAGGCACCUGCAAGUUCCCAGACAUUUCUGGGGGGAAUGGCCCUAGCCCUCACCCUCCGAUCCAACAGGUCCCAGGCGUGCUCAAUGGGAUUGAGAACACUGACAUUCCUGUCUUGCAGGAAAUCACGCACAGAACGAGCAGUAUGGCUGGUUGCAUUGUCAUGCUGGAGGGAGGGUCAUGUCAGGAUGAGCCUGCAGGAAGGGUACCGCAUGAGGGAGGAGGAUGUCUUCCCUGUAACACACAGCAUUGAGAUUGCCUGCAAUGACAACAAGCUCAGUCAGAUGAUGCUGUGACACACCGCCCCAGACCAUGACGGACCCUCCACCUCCAAAUCGAUCCCGCUCCAGAGUACAGGCCUCGGUGUAACGCUCAUUCCUUCGAUAAACGCAAAUCCGACCAUCACCCCUGGUGAGACAAAACUGCGACUUGUCAGUGAAGAGCACCUUUUGCCAGUCCUGUCUGGUCCAGCGACGGUGGGUUUGUGCCAAUAGUUGCCGGUGAUGUCUGGUGAGGACCUGCUUUACAACAGGCGUACAAGCCCUCAGUCCAGCCUCUCUUGGCCUAUUGCGGACAGUCUGAGCACUGAUGGAGGGAUUGUGCGUUCCUGGUGUAACUCAGGCAGUUGUUGUUGCCAUCCUGUACCUGUUCCGCAGGUGUGAUGUUCAGAUGUACCGAUCCUGUGCAGGUGUGUUACACGUGGUCUGCCACUGUGAGGAUGAUCAGCUGUCCGUCCUGUCUCCCUGUAGCGCUGUCUUAGGCGUCUCACAGUACGGACAUUGCAAUUUAUUGCCCUGGCCACAUCUGCAGUCCUCAUGCCUCCUUGCAGCAUGCCUAAGGCACGUUCACGCAGAUGAGCAGGGACCCUGGGCAUCUUUCUUUGGUGUUUUUCAGAGUCAGUAGAAAGGCCUCUUUAGUGUCCUAAGUUUGCAUAACUGUGACCUUAAUUGCCUACCGUCUGUAAGCUGUUAGUGUCUUAACGACCUGUUCCACAGGUGCAUGUUCAUUAAUUGUUUAUGGUUCAUUGAACAAGCAUGGGAAACAGUGUUUAAACCCUUUACCAUGAAGAUCUGUGAAGUUAUUUGGAUUUUUACGAAUUAUCUUUGAAAGACAGGGUCCUGAAAAAGGGAAGUUUCUUUUUUUGCUGAGUUUACAAUGGCUAUUAAAUGUAUAACUGUCACUUCCAAAUGUUCCUUGAGAGCUACGCUAUACAAUAUAUACAAAAGUAUGUGGACACCGCUUCAAAUAAGUGGAUUCAGCUAUUUCAGCCACACCCGUUGCUGACAGGUGUAUAAAAUCAAGCACACAGCCAUGCAAUCUCCAUAGACAAACAUUGGCUGUAGAAUGGCCAUACUGAAGAGCUCAGUGACUUUCAACGUGGCACCGUCAUAGGAUGCCACCUUUCCACCAAGUCAGUUUGUAAAAUGUCUGCCCUGCUAGAGCUGGCCCGGUCAACUGUAAGUGCUGUUAUUGUGAAAUGGAAACAUCUAGGAGCAACAACGGCUCAGCCGCGAAGUGGUAGGCCACACAAGCUCACAGAACGGGACUGCUGAGUGCUAUAGCCCGUAAAAAUCGUCUGUCCGCGGUUGCAACACUCACUACCGAGUCCCAAACUGCCUCUGGAAGCAACGUCAGCACAAUAACUGUUCGUUGGAAGCUUCAUGAAAUGGGUUUCCAUGGCCGAGCAGCCGCACACAAGCCUAAGAGUGCCGCCAUUGGAUUCUGGAGCAGUGGAAAUGCAUUCUCUGGAGUGAUGAGUCACGCUUCACCAUCUGGCAGUCCGACGGACGAAUCUGGGUUUGGCAGAUGCCAGGAGAACGUUACCUGCCCCAAUGCAUAGUGCCAACGGUAAAGUUUGGUGGAGGAGGAGUAAUGGUCUGGGGCUGUUUUUCAUGGUUCGACUAGGCCCCUUAGUUCCAGUGAAGGGAAAUCUUAACGCUACAGCAUACAAUGACAUUCUAGGCGAUUCUGUUCUUCUAACUUUGUGGCACCAGUUUUGGGAAGGCCCUUUCCUGUUUCAGCAUGACAAUGCCCCCGUGCACAAAGUGAGGUCCAUACAGAAAUGGUUUGUCGAGAUCAGUGUGGAAGAACUUGACUGGCCUACACAGAGCCCUGACCUCAACCCCAUCGAACACAUUUGGGAUGAAUUGGAACGCCAACUGAGAGCCAGGCCUAAUCGCCCAACAUCAGUGCCCGACUUCACUAAUGCUCUUGUGGAUUAAUGGAAGCAAGUCCCCGCAGCAAUGUUCCAGCAUCUAGUGGAAAGCCUUCCCAGAAGAGUGGAGGCUGUUAUAGCAGCAAAUGGGGGACCAACUCCACAUUAAUGGCCAUGAUUUUGGAAUGAGAUGGUUGACGAGCAUGUGUCCACAUACUUUUGGCAAUGUAGUGUAUUUACAUUUGAGUGCAUUUUUCCAAAUGUCCACUUAAACCCACUAACUAUGUUUUUAUUACAGGUGGAAAUCUGAAAAUGAUUGACCAUUUGACGGACGACGCUAAAGAGCGGAUGGUUGUGGCAAGAUCUGCGUUCAGUUCUGUCUCAGAUAAAGUAAUCAACGGCAACAUCCAGAUGAAGACUCUCAGUAAAGUCCUCUCAAAGAAAACAACAUUCAUUGAGCUUUUGAAGAUAGGUGAUUGUCAGAGAAAUAUACAAAAUUAAGACAUUUAAGUAAAUAUUGCUUUACUCCCACUGUAGUAGCCAGGAGAGCCUCCCCAGAUUGAUAGUUAAAUUAAAUCCAAUAAAGAGUUAAUCUACUGGGUCAUUGGGAGGUUGGUUCUGUUAAAGGUCCAAAUACAGGCAAAAUAUUCAUAGUAUUAUGAAACAGACUUUUCCAAAAUGUUGGUCUUGGUUUGGUUUCAGGUCUUCAUCACUUCACCUUACAUCAAAAUAAGUCCCCCAAAGGACUUUGCGGCAACUCUUGCAUGUACAGUGCAUUCGGAAAGUAUUCAGAGCCCUUGACUUUUUCCACAUUUUGUUACGUUACAGCCUUAUUCUAAAAUUGAUUAAAAAAUCUCAUAAAUCUACACACAAUACCCCAUAAUGACAAAGCGAAAACAGGUUUUUAAAAUGUUUGCAAAUGUAUUAGAAAUUAAAACAGAAAUACCUUGUUUACAUAAGUAUUCAGACCCUUUGCUAUGAGACUCGAAAUUGAGCUCAGGUGCAUCCUGUUUCCAUUGAUCAUCCUUGAGAUGUUUCUACAACUUGAUUGGAGUCCACCUGUGGUAAAUUAAAUUGAUUGGACAUGAUUUGGAAAGGCACACACCUGUCUAUAUAAGAUCUCACAGUUGACAGUGCAUGUCAGAGCAAAAACAAAGCCAUGAGGUCAAAGGGAUUGUCCGUAGAGCUCCGAGACAAGAUUGUGUCGAGGCACAGAUCUGGGGAAGGGUAUCAAAAAAUGUCUGCAGCAUUGAAUGUCCCCAAGAACACAGUGGCCUCCAUCAUUCUUAAAUGGAAGAAGUUUGGAACCACCAAGACACUUCCUAGAGCUGGCCGCCAGGCCAAACUGAGCAAUCGGGGGAGAAUGGCCUUGGUCAGGGAGGUGACCAAGAACCCGAUGGUCACUCUGACAGAGAGCUCCUCUGUGGAGAUGGGAGAACCUUCCAGAAGGACAACCAUCUCUGCAGCACUCCACCAAUCAGGCCUUUAUUGUAGAGUGGCCAGACAGAAGCCACUCCUCAGUAAAAGGCACAUGACAGCCCACUUGAAGUUUGCCAAAAGGCACCUAAAGGACUCUCACACCAUGAGAAACAAGAUUCUUUGGUCUGAUGAAACCAAGAUUGAACUCUUUGGCCUGAAUGCCAAGUGUCAUGUCUGCAGGAAACCUAGCACCAUCCCUACGGUGAAGCAUGGUGGUGGCAGCAUCAUGCUGUGAGGAUGUUUUUCAGCGGCAGGGACUGGGAGACUAGUCAGGAUCGAGGGAAAGAUGAGCAGAGCAAAGUACAGAGAGAUCCUUGAUGAAAACCUGCUCCAGAGCACUCAGGACCUAAGACUAGGACAACGACCCUAAGCACACAGCCAAGACAACGCAGGAGUGGCUUCGGGACAAGUUUCUGAAAGUCCUUGAGUGGCCCAGCCAGAGCCCGGACCUGAACCCAAUCGAACAUCUCUGGAGAGACCUGAAAAUAGCUGUGCAACUACGCUCCCCAUCAAACCUGACAGAGCUUGAGAGGAUCUGCAGAGAAGAAUGGGAGAAACUCCCCAAAUACAGGUGUGCCAAACUUGUAGCGUCAUACCCAAUAAGACUCAAGGCUGUAAUCGCUGCAAAAGGUCCUUCAACAAUGUACUGAGUAAAGGGUCUGAAUACUUAUGUAAAUGUGAUAUUUCAUUUUUUCAUUUUUAAUACAUUUUUUAUAAUGUCUAAAAAUCUGUUUUUGCUUUGUCAUUAUGGGGUAUUGUGUGUAGAUUGAUGAGGGGAAAAAACAAUGUAAUCCAUUUUAGAAUAAGGCUGUAACAUAACAAAAUGUGGACAAGUCAAGGGGUCUGAAUACUUUCCGAAUGCACUGUAUUGCGGGCAUGCUAGCAAUGACAAAAGGGGACUUUUAUUUAGAUGUGAGGUUAAGUGGUUAUUACUCAAAACCAAGACCAACACUUUGGAAAAGUCCAGAUCUGAGAAGGGACUCCUGAUUACACUUCAGUAGAACCACAAUGAGGUCAAAGUAUUGUCUUGAGUGUUUUGUAAAAAUGUAGUUAAAUUUUUUUUUUUUUUUACAGAUGGCCUGUGUGAAGAUGGUCGUUGUAAGGACGACACCACUAUGAAAAGAUUACUGAGAUUUAGAGAAGAGGAAAUGGAGGCUGUGUACAGUGACAAGAAGAUGGUUGAGGGCCUAGUCAUAGUUUGUCUCCGACUCCAGGAGCAUCUGAAAGGUGAAUUAAAUUAUAUUUGAUAACGGUAUACAUUAAAGCUUAUGUUAUUGGUAGUCUUUAUAAAAUAUUUGUUAAUGCAUGAUGUAACAGCCUUGGUCAUGGUUCUCAUUGAUGUCAUAUUAAUCCACAGUCGAUGUGAAAGAGCUGGAGCUCAAAAACCAAGAGAACAUAGAUCAGAUGACGCUGGAUGAAUUCAUGGAAGUUCACAGACUUGACGGGCGCACCUCUGACGUAACUGGGGUGGUCACAUACUUCAACUUCUGUAAUGUCACCAGGCAGAUGGCAUUUGAACUAAAUGCUAUCAGGGAAAGCUUCAUUUUUGCUAUGUGCUUGGAGAAUCAAGCCAAAAAACUUUCCCACAACCAUAUUGACACUGACGAGACAGAACAGCCUGAGAGGGAGAUAGAAGUGUACACUCUCGAUGUGAUCCACAGAAAAAUAUUCCAGGGUUGCUACGACAAUUACCAGAGGAUCUAUGAGAGUUUGAAAUCUGGCACUUUAUCAUUGGAGGAGGUGGAUAGGAUCUUUGAAGCUUACAAAGACAAGUAUGAUGAGAUGAAAAAUGAUCUGGAGAUCAUGUGCAGAAUCAACUUGUCUGAUGAUCGAAGAUGGAUCAGGAGGCGGAUUGAGCAGAUCCAACAGUACCAUGACCUUCAUCUAGCAUUGGAUUCAGCCAAGGUCAUUAUGGAUGUCAGAGAGACAAUCUGUCCUAAAGGGGACUUCAAAGUGCUACAGAGUUUGCUGGAUGUGGUGAGUUAGGAAAAUUCUCAAAACAGUCCACAUGUUCAAUCUAUGCAUCUUUCCCAUCAUUAGGCUACUACUGUAUAUUUAUAUAUAUUACAAUGUUUCCAGAGUAAUGCAGACUUUAAGGAGAAGAGUCUGAAUUACAUUGAUUACAAUUUGAUGGAGACUAAAAAGGUUCUUGAGGACAUCACAGAACCUCGCAGACUGUGUCUUCAGGAGCUUGGCCUUUGGGGGAACUUUGUCAAAUGGGUCAAAGAAGCUCUUGAAGGUGAGGUCGUACCAGAAGGAAAUGCAAGACAGAAAGAGCAGCAACAGUAGUAGCCAACUAGUUAGUUUGCCAUUACUAAUUCAAACAAUGUUUACAUGGGAAAAAGGGGAUAAAUGUUUCAUGUUUUGCCAUUGCAGAUAUCAAUGAGCUGAAAGUGUUUGUCGACCUGGCCUCCAUCUCUGCUGGAGAGAACGACUUGGAUGUGGACCGUGUAGCCUGUUUCCAUGACGCUGUUCUUGGUUACUCCUCGAUGCUGUAUGGGUUACCACAAGAUGCUGACUUUAAUUCCUUCAAGGAGGCUUUGACAAAACUAUGGAGGGCGCUUGGAAGUGACAGCAACAUACCAAAAAAGCUGGUAAGAUGUUCUGACAAUUAUGGCAUAUUUCAUAUUUGGGGAAAGCUUGUCAAACCAGAAAGACUAAGGCCACUAUUUGAUUAAAUGCAGAGUGGAUUUUCAGAAGUGUUUGAUGUGCAGAGCAGCAUUUACUGGCCUGAAUACAUACAAAUCUAAAUGAUAUAAUCAUUCACAAUCUUAGCAUGCCAUUUGGUUUGGAACUUAAACUCAUGUUUUAAACCACAUUCUACUAUUGUUUCCUCCCUGAUUGCAGCGAGAUACUGCACGCCAUUUGGAGUGGCUGAAAACUGUGAAGGACAGCCAUGGGUCUGUGGAACUCUCUUCUCUUUCUCUGGCCACAUCUAUCAACACAAGAGGCAUAUAUAUUAUUAGUGCGCAUAACCAGAAGAAGGUCUGUUCAAUCAUUUUUUUAAGUUUAAAAAAAUGUUUUUUAGAGACAAUUGAAUGAUUAUUUUACAUUAGUUUGUUUAAAGAUCAUAAUUAUGGAGUCAAUGUCUAUAUUUGUACUCAUACAAUGUCUUCAAUUUAUAUUUGCCAUUGACAAAUAUCUGUGAGCACUCUCCUGAAUACCUGCAGCGGUAAAUUGACAUAUUGUGUAUUGGAUAUUUUCUAUUGUUUUCUCCUUUAGCUGAGCUUAGACACCGCUCUGAAGCUACAGAUUCCAGAGCAGCAGGAGGAAGGUCAGAUGCGUAACUACUCCUUAGAAGACCUGAGAGAUCUGCAGAACAAACUCAUGCUGAUGUCUGGAAAGGGGGAGCAAAGCCAGAGUGAGGUGGAUCACUUUACUGAGGUAAGGUGAUUGGACACCAAGAGAACCAUCACAAACCUGAAAUGAUCAUUUACUGAAAAUGUUUAUUAAAUUGAUUAUCAUGCUACCACAGGCUCCUUACGACAUGCGUUGACAUAUUAGAAAAAAUAUGGUUUUCUUUCAAUUAUUCAUUUCGAUAUCUCACAUGUCGGGAUUCACUAGGAUCACCUACUCUCGAAAUAACCUAUCAAAAGCAUCUGAUGGAGACAGACAGGUAGUGGCGAAUGAGGUGAGCCCCUCACCUUCCUUAAAAGAGGCCAUUCUCCCACCCUCUAGUUACUCUCGCUUCUCUUCCUCACGAAGAGCAUUACUCUCAUGCUCUCCUCAGAUCGACUGGAUCCCUGUUUUCCUGCUGAACUGCUCACAAGUGAACCGUGAAGGAUAUCGCUGUUGAGCGUAGGUCUUCAGACCUUGUCGAGAGGUUGAGUACUGACCUGAAAGGUUUUUUGUUUUGUGUAGAAAAUAUUUUUCUACUUCUCAGUUUAUGUUGGUAGAUAGCUUCAUGGCUAGCUAUUGAGACUCAUCUCCUACCAUUCUGAUAGAUUGGAAACUGUCAGAAAACACGGUUGUAAUGUUAAUCAUUUGGUUGUUAUUCCAUUGGUUACCUCUAGGCAGAUGCACCAGGGGCAGAGUGGCCCACAGUCAUUGAAUAUGGCACUUUAAAUGUUAGCGCAAUCACUAGUAAAACCUUGUGAAUGACCUCAUUACUGGCCUCAUUACUAAGUUCAUUGCAUGUCUCUCACUGAAACAUGGCUGUCUUCAGGCUGAAGUGCCGCUCUUAUUGAAGCCUCCACCCCGGACUACAGCUUUUCAUACUCUAUCAGAAAAGGGAAAAAUUGUGGGGGGACAGCCUCUAUUUUUACUAAUGCUCUCAGUCAUUUCACGACUUUGGGUCUUUUGAGCAUCAUGCUAUACUGUUUAAAUGUCAGCAACCAGUGCUGGCCAUAACCUGUAGGCCACCAAAGCACUGCCCUACUUUCUUUACUGAUUUCUCUGAACUAUUGUCUAUAUUCAUGUUGACAUAAAGACAGACUCGAAGGCCAUCAAAUUUCUGAAUCUUUUGAGCUCUAUGGACUUUAUCCAACAUGUUACUGGGCCCACCCAUAACUGCGGCCAUACUCUGGACCUGAUUAUUACCAAGGGGCUUUCUAUUGACAUUUGUGGCAUAUUUCAGAGAUAAGAUAACAAACAUUAGGCUGUGUAUCAGUCAAGCAAGACCUGAUGAGAAGUUUGAUGAUAUGUGCCCUAGCCUACCACGCAAAAGCACUAUGGAUUUAUUUUCCCUGGUUGACACAGACAUGGCCAGGAAAGUGAUAUCACAACUUAAGCCUUCUACCUGCCUUCUCGAUCCUGUCCCCACCACCUUCUUCAAAAUUGUUUUUAAUUGCAUAUCUGAAGAAGUGCAAGCUAUUGUUAAUCACUCCCUGUUCACAGGCACUUUCUUCACUGCACAAAAAACUGCUAUGGUCUGCUCACUUUAGUGACCGUGCUCACAUGAUAACUUUUUGUUCCCCCCCGAGUGCCUCCCUCCCUCAGGCUUUUCCUCGUUCCAUUUUUACUGCGAUUGGUUCAUUCAGCUGGGCCACUGCCUGCUUCGUGAGUGAGCUCUUGACAACCCUCAGUUAAUGAGGUUAUGAGAUUUUUUCCCCAAUGGGUUGUUUCUGCACCUUCUUGGUGCGUACUCCCUAGGUUUCGGGACCUCUUAGGGUUGCUGAUCUUGGGCCUACCCUAGCUUCGGAGAGCAUGUCUUUGCGAUAUGGGAGUUGGCUAUAUCCCCAGAUGUGAGAUAAUGAAUAGUUGAAAGAGAACUUAAGGUUACUUGCAUAACCCUGGUUCUCUGAUAUUAUGAGUGAUAUAUCUCACCGCAUUCCCCUGCUCACAAGAGUGCAAGGAAGAGAAGCAUAUUUGAGAAUAACCUAAGGGCUGGAGAGUGGCUCCUUUUAAGGAAGGUGAGGGGCUCACCUCAUUCGCACUCUACCUCUACCUGUCAGAUGCUUUUGCUAGGUUCUUUGGAGAGUAGAUGUUCCUAGCGAAACCCCACAUGUGAGAUAUCUCACUCAUAAUAUCAGAGAACCAGGGUUAUGCAAGUAACCUUACGUUUUACGUACAGAAACUGAACUGAAUUUUUAGACACCAAAUUUCCAUCUUAUCUUCUCAGGUUUUUGACAGUGUCCAGAGGCUAGCUGUAGCAUUUGUAGAUCUUUAUGCUGCUGGGAACCCACUUUUUAGGUGUUGGGAGGCCAAGAUUCACUGCAAUAUGGAAAGUGACACUUGUAUCAUAAUGGACUUCAACCUUGGCAACAUCCUACGAAAGAUCAUGGUGGAGGGCAAUGCAGUCGCACAUCUUACAGACCUGUGCAGGAAGAUAGAGAUGUGUUUGGAUGACUGGAACAGAUUCAUAGACAAACAGAGAUCUCAGCACUAUUACCUCAACUAUUACACAGCAGAGCAGAUAGUCUACCUUUGUAAUGUUUUGACCGAGAAGAAUCUGAACAAGAAAUUGGAGGAAAAGGUCUUGAUGAUGCUCUCUUUCAUCAAACCUGACUGCUCUGUGUCAGAAGUGUGGGAGACGUGGAUGACUUUUCAGAACCACUCCAUGAAUACAGCUGGGCAAGAGGAAGACACCAGUUUUCAGACUUUUAUUGACCUUCAAAGUGACAUGGAAAACUUAGAUUCCUCUUUUGCUGGUGAGAGAAAAUGUGCCGUUGAUGUUCUGCAGUGCGUUGUAGACCAGGCUGUAGGUUUACGAAAACUGGAUCUGGUCUGGGAUGCUUACAUGAAAGACAUGAGGAGCAUUAUCCAGUACUCUUUAGACAUCAGAAGCCUAGGCAGUCUGCUAGAGGUGUUAGCCAACAAACAGAACCAGGAAGAAAACGAGGAAGAGGAACCCAUGCUUUUAGAAACAAGUGAGAAUACAGUCAGUAGAAAGCUCCCAAAAGGCUUCUUCACUGGUCAACCUAAUCUCAUAAUCUGCCCACAAGAUAAAAUCUUGACUUCCAGCGUCUGCUUGUAUAUGACCAGUGAUGAUGAGCAGCUGCCUACCUACGAUGAAGUCCUCCUGUGUACCCCUACCACGUCAUAUGAGCAGGUGGAGCUUUUCUUCAGACGAUGUCUCACACCGGGCUACAUGGGUGAGAAGAUCUAUACCCUGCUCUUCGCAGACCAGUUGAGCUAUGAGGUGAGCUAUGCAGUGGAGAAGUUCUUUCAGAAAUUGAGUUCAUGCUCUCGGAGCAGCUAUAGGCUGGUGAUCAUCUGCAGCGCAGAAAGAGAGCACGCCUACAUUCCCUCUGCCUUCAGUCACUUCAAACGAAACAUUGUGCCUCAGGAGUCUCCUGAGAGGAUACAGAAAUACCUGUCCAGGCACUACACUGUCCCCUCACAUCAGGCCAGUGCUGCGUCUGUGUUCAAAGGUAGACACUUUAUUGGGAUGGUGUCUUCCACGAGGGCUGGAGUUGGUGAGUUAUACCUUAUUGAGUUUUGUCACUUUACAUAAUGCUAUGGUGCCUGAUAUGGGUUUUCAGUUGUAAUCGUGGUACAUAAGAAUAUAAUUUUUUUAAGUGAUUUUUUUAUCAGACAAUUAUUUGAUAUUCAGUAUUUUCAAUUGCACGUGUUGAAUUUCACGAACACUAAUGCGUUCAUACUCACAAUACUACCAUGAGUUUUCAAACAUAAAUUCUUCAAUGCCCAUACAUUUGACCUAGGUCUUUGUAGAGCUGAAUCAAAUGUUUUAUUUAUCUGCAGGAAAAUCUCUGUACAUACAAAGGUUGUAUGAUAAACUGGAGGGAACCAUGAGAAAAGGAACCACAUUCCGCAAAUGCAUUCGCUUAGUUGAGCCCAAGGUUGAUGAGCAUAUCAUUCUUCAGUCCUUGUUUGACACACCAGAGAAGAAGGAACACAAAGUCUUUCAUUUUGAUGUCACAUCCUCGGUAAGGAUACUUGGUAUUGUUAAGAUAUUGAAAAUGUUGAUGUUUUUCUGUUUCAGGUGCUUUAUAUGCUUGCUAUUUAUGUUAUUCAGGUACAGAAAGGACUCCAUGAAUUUCUGUUCAAACUGUUCUUCCUGCGUUACCUGGCCGAUUCGGAUGGGCUGAUGUGGAAAUGCAGCAACAAGGACUUGUAUGUCAUCGAGACACUACAAUCCACACAUGAACUGCCCAGAUCUGCCUCAAGAGCUGUAAGUGGCAAUCUAUUUGUAUUUUGUCAUGUCAUGUGAAACGGUUGGAUGUAUACAGUUAAAUGUCCGUACCAAACCACCAGUGGCUAGCGUGUUAACAUUUUAUUAUAACUCGAUAGUGAAGGGAAUAGAUCACCCAAAUGACGAAAUCACGUAAUAUUUUCUUUACCUUGAAUGUAGUCUAUGGGGUGAAGUCAACAACCCAAGAUUUGGCUUUGUUUACUUAGAUACUGCCACCUACGGCUAGCAUUAGCAUGGUUUUCACACAGCAGUUGUAGUAUAUCGUAAAACUAGUUAUUAUAUACUUUUUGUGUUAGACGUCCCAUUUGUGUUGUGUAGGUAGUGUUUGUCAAAAUACUUAAUAUGGCAUGUAUUUGUCUGUGUAGGAUCCGAUUGGACACUUUCCUCUCUUUGAGGUGUUUCCUAAGGUCUUCUGCCGUCCCCCAAAAGAAGUUAUGGGGUUGGAAAUGAAAAAUGGAGAUGAUCCAGAGCUGAAAAGUGAAGACCCACUCAUGGAUGACCAGUGUUUCAGGAGUGAGGCCUUUCAAAGACCAUACCAGUAUUUAACACGGUUCCACAGGGGUAAGAAUCUUGACAGCUUCACCUACCAAAGAGUUGAAGGAACUCAUGCAGAGUGUCUUCAAAUGCUCUUCAUCUACUGUGGCAUAAGUGAUCCGUCCUGGGCAGAGCUGAGGAACUUUGCCUGGUUCCUCAAUCUUCAGUUGCUAGACUGUGAGACAUCGGCCUUCUGCAACUUUCAGUUUAUUGGAGACACUCUUAGGGGAUUCAGAAACUUUGUGGUUGACUUCAUGAUCUUGAUGGCCAAGGACUUUGCCACUCCAUCUCUCUGCAUCACUGACCAGAGCCAUGAGAGGCAGCAGAUGGACCUCAAUGGACUCAACGAAAGGGAUCUAGCCCCGUUCCUCAUCCGAAAGAGAUGGGAGUCAGAACCGCAUCCAUAUAUCUUCUUCAAUGAUGACCAUGCAUCCAUGACCUUCAUUGGAUUUCACCUACGGGAGAACAAGCAGAAUGGGGUUGAUGCCAUAAAUCCAUCAACAAAUGUGGUGAUCAAGAGAAACAUUAUGACCAGAAAUCUGUACAAUGGCCUCAGACUUCAAAGAGUUCCAUUUAACAUUGACUUUGACAAACUUUCUCGAGCAGAUAAGAUUGAGCGUCUAUGUAGUGUGCUGGGGAUCAAGUGGCCAACAGACCCUGAUGAAACAUAUGAACUCACCACCGACAACAUACUGAAGAUGAUGGCAAUUCACAUGAGGUUCAGGUGUGGCAUUCCAGUCAUCAUAAUGGGGGAGACUGGCUGUGGGAAGACGCGACUCAUCAAGUUCCUGUGUGAGUUGAGAAGGAGUGGAGCACCCACCGAGAACAUGAAACUGGUCAAAGUUCACGGAGGAACUACGUCUGACAUGAUCUGCACCAAAGUGCACGAGGCAGAGGCUGUUGCGGUUGCCAAUAAGGAGAAACAUGGUUUUGAUUCUGUUCUUUUCUUUGAUGAAGCUAAUACCACGGAAGCUAUAAGCAGCAUUAAGGAGAUCCUGUGUGACAACACUGUGCAAGGACAACAACUUGGCUCCCAAACUGGACUGCAGAUCAUUGCUGCAUGCAACCCUUACAGGAAACACACAGAUGAGAUGAUCAAGAGGCUGGAGAAAGCUGGUUUGGGUUACAGGGUCCGAGCUGAAGAGACUGAAGAAAGACUUGGAUUAAUCCCUCUUCGGCAGCUGGUGUAUAGGGUCCAAGUGUUGCCUCCAAGCAUGAUCCCUCUGGUGUGGGACUUUGGGCAACUCAAUGACCACACAGAGAAAAUGUACAUCCAGCAGAUUGUGCAGAGAGUUGUGGAAAAAAUUUCAAUAAACCGAGUAUCCAUUAAGAUGAUCACUGAUGUAUUGUCGUCAUCGCAGAGAUUUAUGCGACAGAGGAAAGACGAAUGCAGCUUUGUCAGUCUCAGGGAUGUGGAGCGCUGCAUGCAAGUGUUUGUGUGGUUCUACAAGAACCACUCAAUGUUUUCUGAAGAGUUAAGGGCAUUCCUCCAGAAACAACCCCGGGAGGAGAGGAACAGGCGUGACCAGGUACGCACACCUGCUAGUGAUCCAGUUGAUUGGUCGCUGUUGAUGGCUGUUGGUGUGUGUUAUCAAGCCUGUUUAGAGACAAAAGGUGAGUACCAGAAAGAAAUCUGCAAAUUCCUUCCCCAUGUCAUCCCCCCAAAAAUGAAGCAGGAAAUCUCACUCAUGCAGGAUCUCCUCCUAAGUGGGGUCCCAAUGGGAGAGACAAUAGCAAGAAACAAGGCUUUGAAAGAGAAUGUCUUCAUGAUGGUGAUCUGCAUUGAGCUACGAAUCCCCCUGUUUUUGGUUGGCAAGCCUGGGAGCUCCAAGUCUCUGUCCAAAACUUUGGUUGCAGAUGCCAUGCAGGGCCAAGCUGCACAUUCUGAGCUGUACAAAAGACUGAAACAGAUUCAUCUGGUGUCCUUUCAGUGCAGCCCUCACUCCACGCCAGAGGGAAUCAUCAACACAUUCAAGCAAUGUGCCCGUUUCCAAGAGAGCAAGAAUUUGGAGGAGUACAUCUCUGUUGUUGUGCUAGAUGAGAUCGGAUUAGCAGAAGACUCCCCCAAAAUGCCUCUGAAAACACUGCACCCCUUACUGGAGGAAGGCUGCAUUGAUGACAAGCCACUGCCCCAUCAGAGGGUUGGAUUCAUUGGUAUCUCCAAUUGGGCCUUGGACCCUGCCAAGAUGAACAGAGGCCUCUUUGUGUCCCAUGGUGACCCAGACCAGAAUGAGCUAUUCGAAAGUGCGAAAGGCAUAUGCUCAUCUGACAAGAUGAUUCUGGAGAAGGUUAAGCACCUCUUCAAACCUUUUGCCAAAGCAUAUAUGAAGACUUGCAAGAAAGGCAAAGGGUUUUUCGGUUUACGUGAUUACUACAGUCUGGUGAAGAUGAUGUUUGCCAUCACCAAGGUCUCUAAGCAGAGCCCUGGUGUGGACCAAAUCAUUGGAGCAGUCCUGAGGAACUUCAGCGGAAGAGAUGAUGUGGAUGCGGUGUGUAUAUUUACCAAAGAGCUGUGGGGCAAAUCGAAUCAACCCGAUUUGGAUGGGAUCAGCACUAUUGAUCUGGUGAAACAAAACAUAAUUCCAUUUUGCCAAGACGAGGAGUGCCGAUACCUUCUUGUCCUCACCAAAAACUAUGCCGCCCUCCAGAUUCUCCAGCAGACAUUCUUCUCAGACCAGAGCCAUCCAGAGAUCAUCUUUGGUUCCAGCUUCCCAAAGGAUCAAGAGUACACUCAGAUCUGCAGAAAUAUCAACAGAGUGAAGAUCUGCAUGGAAACUGGCCAGACUGUUGUGCUUCUGAACCUUCAGAAUCUGUACGAAAGUCUCUAUGACGCUCUCAACCAAUACUAUGUUUCACUUGGAGGUCAGAAGUAUGUUGAUCUUGGAUUGGGAACCCAUCGUGUGAAGUGCAGAGUUCACAAAAACUUCAGGCUUAUUGUCAUUGAAGAGAAGGAGGUGGUCUACACACAGUUCCCAAUUCCCUUGAUAAACAGGCUGGAGAAGCACUACCUGGACAUCAACACUGUUCUUAAGAAUGACCAGAAGGAGAUUGUCAAACAACUACAGGAAUGGGUCAAAGUGUUUGUCUCCUUGAAAAGCCAGCAAUCCAAGACAAACAGAUAUCUGCCAACGGAUGUCUUCAUUGGCUACCACUCAGACACAUGCUCCUCUGUAGUCCUUCAAGUUACAGAGAAGAUGAAAGAUGAAUCUGACAUUUCUGACCCUCAAAGGAGAGUCCUGGAUGAAGCCAAGUUCAUCAUGCUGAACUGUGCAACUCCAGAUUCUGUCAUUCGGCUGGAUGGGACCAAAUUGUCUGAUGUUGAGACAGAGAAACUGACACAAAUAUAUUUUGAAGAGCAGGAGCACAGAUCCCUGGCUGACUUCAUUGCCUCUCACACACGGCCGGAGGAAUGGUGCCAUGCCCACUUUACAGAGGUAAUUCACUUGACUAUUUUAUCUAUGAAGAAUAUGGAUUGCAUUGAAUGCAUCUUGUAUUUUUCUCACAUAUUUUUUGGCUCUUUGUGAAGGUCACUACGUUUUCCCGGCAAUUAACAGCAGGAGAUAUCGAACAGCUCCAGAACAUCACAGAGCUUUGCAACAUCAAGCUGCUCUCACUGCAGCAGUUUGACACAGAGCACUCAUUCCUCAAAGAAAUCAGGUCUGCUUCAAAAUCUGAAGUUUAGCAUAUUUUUUUACAUUGGUAUUUGUGUUACUGUGUAGAUCAUUCUUCAGAAAGAUAUUAGAAAAUAACUUUGUUCCCUCUCUAGGCAAUUUCUUGACUCUACAUCUGCCGACAAAGUCCUCAUCAUCCAAACCGACUAUGAUGAGGCUUCCCAGAGCAUGAACAUUCUUGCAUCUGCCAAGUGAGUUGUUUCUUUUUGGAUUUGUCAUCACAUCUAUCGGAUAUUAACUAAUCGAAUAGAUUUGCAAGAUCUGAUUAUAUAUAUAGUGUAGUUAUUUUGUGUCCCUUUUUCAUUUACAUUUUUAUUUUUUAUCUCUUCAGGUAUUCGUCCAUAAAUGAAAUAAACAAACCAAAAGCUAAUGGUGGCAAUGGAAGGGUGUUUGUGUACUUCGUUACCAAACUGCCUCGAAUUGAAGGUGGAACCUCCUAUGUUGGAUUUCAUGGAGGUGAGAUUUUAAUUUUGUAUAACAUGCUGGUAUGAUAAUAUGACCUAGCAGUCCACAGAGAAAAUGUUAUCCAUUCUGCAUUUCUUUCAAUGUUAAAGAGCAAGUCCAUCCACUUUGUUUUUUCAAAGGACCCUGGAAAUCAGUUCACAUUGACGACCUUAGAAGAUCCAAAGAGUUUGUAUCAGAUGUCCAGUCCUUGAGAAACCUGCCCAUCAGCCAGCUUUUUGAGGACAUGAAGGAGCCGUGUGAGGGUAAAUUAACUUGAAUUGCUAUUACAAUCAUUAGCACAAAUGCCAUAGUUAAUAACAAUUAUUUUCAGUUAGAAAUAACUGAAAAUAAUUGUUUGAUAGUAACAGUUUUCAUAUAGCUUUCUUUUUUGUUUAAGCAAUGCAAACAGAUACAGAUACAGACUUCGAACCACCUGCGCCAGAGCACACUGUAAGUGUAAUUGCGGUGUUUGAUGUUGCAAUCAAAAACAUGGAUGUACUAAAUGUUGUAUAAGUUUGUAUCAAGUUUGUAGGUAUGGGUGUGUGUUAUUAAUCUGAGCAUGUUGUUGUUAUAGGCUGAGUUUGAUGUCACAGAUCUGGUGCGAAGCUGUGUGCAGAGUGCAGUAAGCAUGCUCAGAGAUCAGGAGGACAGUGGCGCUCUCAGCACCAGGAGGGUGGAGAUCCUGCUAACACUUUUGGAAGAUAGUGAGGACCUGAAAGGUUAGGAACGAACCCACAGUAUUCCAGUGUUUUACUGUAGCUCCAAGACCCAAGCACCGUUUCAAUGGUUAAAGACCAGACCUAGAACCCUUUCCGAGACCAUUUUAUUACAAAGGGGUUCAUGAGGGGUUCUAGAUCUAUGUGUUGAAUUUUGUUUAGACAUUUUUGGUCCGAGACAGACUUAUGUCAGGUCGUGACGGCAAGCCAAUAAUAUAGCUAAAGUUAAUUGGCUUUUACAUGUAUUUAUAUAUUUGAUCUCUGCCCUAAAGCUGUGUUCCUGAAAACCCUGAGGAGCCGCCUUCACUCUCUACUGGAGAACCACGAGAGAAACAUCCCCUUCCCCAAGAACUGGGUGUUAACGGAGGCAUCCAACAUCAAUGCUCUUCAAGAGGGGGGAACUUUCACGUAUGUUAAUCAAUGAUACUGCACUAUUAACUUAGCUCACAUAAAAUCCAUCAUUUCAUUCAUGUUCAAAUGGUCAUUUGUUCUCGUCAUCGUUCAGGAGUAUAGUCUGUUCAAAUACUGUACGUGUUCCACAGACAAACUCUGUGGAAGAAAAUCCAAGCAGUGGUCACACCCCUCUUGGCCCAGUUGGUCUCAGUUAUCGACAGGGACUGUAAUCUGGACCUCCUGCUAGAUGUCAACUGUGGGGAGGAAGUCAAGAAACUGUGGCUGGAGUUAUUCGGCAGCAACGAGAUGCUUGAUAUUCCUUUUGUCAAAGUGGAUCCCAAGUAGGUGGUUUUGCUCAUGUGCGAUGUAGCAAGGGUAUUUCUAUGUUACCAUCGAGGUCCAACAAACUAUUUGUCUAAUUCCUACAGUUCUGAGUCUAAGACCAUUCUGGUACAGAGCCAUAUCACAGCUGAGAGGACCAUGCGCUCCAGGAUGCCCUUCAGCUGGAGGAUCAGGGAUAUCCUGGAUGAACUAAUGAUGCAAACUCAGCAGCGCGAAAGUAAAUAAUCAAAAGCCUUAUUUUUUUUUCUAAAAGAUACAUUUAGAUUGUUCUAAAAUGCAGUUAUCAAAACUUAACAAGGGAGACUCAAAUGAUAAGUGUAUCUUAAAGCUCUUCAUUUGCUGUAGUAUAUGUGUUAAAAAUGAUCUUAAACAUUAUAAAGGUUUUUACUAUGUUGUUUGUGUGUUUCUUAACUCCCAAAUGGACUUCUAAUCACUUACAGUAUGUUUAGUUGCAGAACUUGCAUAAACUUCACAAAAAUUUUCUCUGAAGGACACAGUCCUAGGCAGUUCGAGGAAUUCUUUCCGAAAAUCCCCCUUGGGCAGUACAUGGCUACAAUGGAUGAAAAAAUGCAGAGGGAAUUCUUUCAAAGGUACCUGCAGGAUUUCAUUGCUAUGAUGGUGAAAGUGGCUUCAGAGGGGGAGUUAAAGGUAUGUUAUUGCACAGUUCUUCAACAUGUUCAUACAAAUAGUAAAACAGGCAAAGCGCUAAUGCUGCGUUUAGACGAGGGACGCAAAAAAACCUAUUACUAGUCGGCAUUGCGGGACAAGAAAGCAAAUAAGAGGGUGACGGCAAAAACAAGCCAGCACGACCGUAUGCAUUGCUAUGGCAAUUUCAGUAAACAAACAGUGCAUAUCAACAUCCGGUAGAAAACAACGCUACGGCAGGUGGCUGACGGCAUUCACCGCAGUGUCAAUGGCAUUUACCACCGUGCUCUCAUUGAAAACAUCUGGUUUUCCUUCUACCAUCUACCUCCUACCAUUUAAACACAGCAUUAGCCUCCAUUUAGGAAUGGGUCAUUCAUAUUUACAGUCAGAUUUGAUAUAAUAUGCCUACACAUCAAUUAGGUGAUCCUAAUGAAUAUGUAACUCUCUUCUCAGCUCCUGUGUGACGCCCUGAACAGCUGUGUGAAUGAGCUCCAGAGACGACGAAAAGCUCCAAGUGAAGAUAUUCCAUCCCUACCCCUGAUCCACUCGGCCUACCAGAUGUACCGCACCCGCCUUCAGAACCUGUCCAGGAUGAUGUCCCUGCAGCCACAGGUGGCCCUUCACUUGCAGCGAAACCCACAAGUGAAAGAUAGCCAAGUGAUGGUAGGUUGAGAUAUUUUCCACACACUGCUACAUUUAGUUAUGCGAAAUCAGUGUUUAGGUGCAAAAUGUUUGCGUUCUAUGAGUGCAUGAUAGUAGUUGAACUUUAGGAUUGGUGCAUAAUGUGUUGAAAGGAGGCUUCCUACAUGCUGUUAGUAAAUGUCAUAUUAUGAAAUGGUUCAUUCUGGCCAAGAAAUCUGAUUGGUCAAAAAGUGUGUUCCAUCCGUGAUGUUGUUAUUGAGCACUUUAUCACUUUGUGAUCAGUCCGCCUGUGGCUUGUUCCUAGUGACUGACCGCAUCAUGUUGUGCCAGACCUGAUCUUGUAUUAUUGCUUUUAGUAACCAUUUCUCUGCCUCACUCUACCAACAGGUUCUGGAUGUGUACGCAGCAGUUGCCUGUGUUGAGCAGCUGGAGCCUCCUGCGUUGGACUCUAAUGCCCAGUGCCAAGACUGGCUGAAGCAGGUGAAAAGACUGCAGGGGUCUAUGGAGCUGGUCUGCUCCCAGGGAAGCCUGAGGCAGUGUGGAGAGAGGAGCUGGGAAAUGUUUAACUACAUCCGGUGAGAGAAAUAGCCAUUUGAAAGACUAGAGAGAUUAGACUUUUUGAAAAUAGAUAUUUAAUAUAUUUUAUUAUAUUAUGAUAUUUUUGUAUGAUAUUUUUGAAAGUAGACAAAGUAUACUUUUUAUUUUAUUUUACAAUUCUAAAGGAAAAACAUUUUCGAUGCAAUAACAGAAGAACACAUGAUAUUCAAAAAGCAAGAACAAACAAAAAGCGAGAACCGUAGCAGUUACCUUAGUUACAGCCUUCAGAACGUAUUCACACCCCUUGAUAUUCUGUUGUGUUACAGCCUGAAUUAAAAAUUGAUUAAAUUGAGAUUUUGUGUCACUGUCCUACACACAAUACCCCAUAAUGUCAAAGUGGAAUUAUGUUUUUAGAAAUGUUUACAAAUUAAUUAAAAAUGAAAAGCUGAAAUGUCUUGAGCCAAUAACUAUUCAACCCCUUUAUGGUAAGCCUACAUAAGUUCAGGAAUAAUUAUUAGUCACAUUAUAAGUUGCAUGGACUCAUUCUGUGUGCAAUAAUAGUGUUUUAACAUGAUUUUUGAAUGACUACCUGAUCUCUGUACCCCACACAUACAAUGAUCUGUAAGGUCCCUCAGUCGAGCAGUGAAUAUCAAACACAGAUUCAACCACAAAGAUCAGGGAGGUUUACCAAUGCCUUGCGAAGAAGAGUAGCUAUUGGUAGAUGGGUAAAAAAUAAAAGCUGACAUUGAAUAUCCCUUUGAGCAUGGUGAAGUUAUUAAUUACACUGGGUGGUGUAUCAAUACACCCAGUCACUACAAAGAUACAGGCGUCCUUCCUAACUCAGUUGCCGGAGAGGAUGGAAACCGCUCAGGGAUUUCACCAUGAGGCCAAUGGUGACUUUAAAACAUUUACAGAGUUUAAUGGCUUUGAUAGGAGAAAACUGAUGAUGGAUCAACAACAUUGUAGUUACUCCACAAUACUAACCUAAAUGACAGAGUGAAAAGAAGGAAGCCUGUACAAAAUACUAAUAUUCUAAAACAUGCAUCCUGUUUGCAAUAAGGCACUAAAGCAAAACUGCAAAAAAAUUGGCUAGAAAAUUGACUUUAUGUCCUGAAUACAAAGCGUUAUGUUUGGGGCAAAUCCAACACAGCACAUCACUGAGUAGCACUCUUCAUAUUUUCAAGCAUGGUGGUGGCUGCAUCAUGUUAUGGGUAUGCUUGUCAUCAGCAAGGACUAGGGAGUUUUUUAGGAUAAAAAGAAAAACGGAAUAGAGAUAAGCACAGGCAGAAUCCUAGAGGAAAACCUGAUUCAGUCUGCUUUCCAACAGACACUGGGAGAUGAAUUCACCUUUCAGCAGGACAAUAACCUAAAACACAAGGCCAAAUUGCUUACUAAGUUGCUUACUAAGAAGACAGUGAAUGUUCAUGAAUGGCCAAGUUACAGUUUGGACUUAAAUCGGCUUGAAAAUCUACAGCAAGACUUGAAAAUGGCAGUGUAGCAAUGAUCAACAACCAACUUGACAGAGCUUAAAGAAUUUUUAAAAAAAAAAGCAGUUCGAGGAAUUCUUAUGUGCAAAUAUUGUACAAUCCAGGUGUGCAAAGCUCUUAGAGACUUACUCAGAAUGACUCACAGCUGAUAUCGCUGCCAAAGGUGAUUUUAACAUGUAUGGACUCAGGGGUGUGAAUACAUAUGUAAAUUAAAUAUUUAUAUAUUUCAUUUUCAAUAUAUAUAUCUUUUUUUGUCAUUAUGGGGUAUUGUGUGUAGAUGGGUAAAAAUAUAUAUAUUUAAUCAAUUUUGAAUUCAGGUUGUAACAUAACUACAUGUGGAAUAAGUCAAGGGGUAUGAAUACUUUCUGAAGGCACUGUAUCUUAAUACCUGUAUUCAAUUGUGAGUCUGCCCGAUUGGUUGCGUCUUUGACCUUUCUUUUUGAAGUAUAUAUUUCAGGUUUUCUGUAUGAUAAACUUUUAUUACAAUGUAAUUGUACUUGUCCCAGAUAUGUCUAAUUCCCCCAGAAUGAAUAACGUCCUUGUUUCUGUUUCUAGUAAUAAUUGGAACCACAUCUGCAUCCUCUCUCUGUUUGUGGAACACAUGCUACUAGGCUUUGAGUUUGAGGAGAGGGAGCUCAAGCCUCUGGUCCUUGACCACACUCGUACCUUAGGCAAAGUACGUUUAUCUUGUAUAUUUUGUUUUGUCUAACUUAGCAUGCUACUGAACGAUAUUCCAUGUUCCCAUUUGUACUCUUUACGUUUUUGCUCAUGCAUGGUUUAUUUUCAUCCCAUAUUUUACCAUCCUUCAGACUUCAUUUGCCCUAUGUGAUCUUGAGCUUUGUAAACAGUUCUUGAACUAUCCAAAUGUAAUUUUUGGACAGUCACUAAACAUUGUGCUUAUUUAACCUGUGGGCUAAAUCAGGCUCAAACAGAAUGUUUCUUGGUAGUCUUAAACAAAUCUACUGGUUAUGGGCUCACAAAAAGAAGACACCUGUACCAUGUCAUAUAUAGAGUUGAAAUGUAUUCAAUUUUGAGUUUGCAUCCCAAUAUUACACUUUAUAUACAUCACAGAAGACAAAAUUAUAACAAAACUGUUUGACAUAGAAACACCGGAUUUCCGGCGAUUUCAAAAACAUGUUUAUGAAUAAUGAAAUUAUGAAAAAUAUUAAUAACAUUCCACCCAUGAGGCCAGUAGGUCAUUUGACUGCAGGAAAGAGCUACUUCAUUUAUUGGACUGCUAAUUGUAUCUUGUAUGACAGAUUCUGGCAAAACAUUCAGACGUAAAAUCUGAGGAACCCUUUGCAGCCGUCAUUAAAAUACUGAAGGCAUGCAAGAAAGGAGCAAGUGAUCUGAUUUGCAAGUAAGGUCCAUUUGGUUUCUUUACUUUGUGCUAAAUGGUAUUCAUAUAAUUUGUCUAUGUUAUUUGCUGUCGCUGAUAAGCUUGCCUUUACGGAAAAUACACAUGAAUUUCACGUGUUCCAAAAACACUUUCAUGUGAUCACGUGAAAUUUCACAUGUGAAAUCAUAAGAGAUAUACAGAAUUGUUUGUUAUUACCAUAUGAUGUUUCCCUUAGGUUUGGUCUCCAGUGCCCUGUGUGUAUGGGGGAACCCGAGGACCCUGUGGACCUGCCCUGUCACCAUAUUUUCUGUCUGACCUGUGUCAGAGGACGUGUCAAUGUGGGCCAGAUGUACUGCCCCAUGUGCAAACAGGAACUCCCAGAUGACUUUGAGGUGAAAGUGUCUGAAGACAUACGGUGGGUGUGUUUUACAGUUUUGACCAUGGAUACUGGGACUGUACUUUCUCAGUGAGUGUCUAAUCUGUCUCCUAUGGUUUUGCAGAGCUUGCAUCACCCUAAACGCCCAGUUCAGACGGAGUUGCAAUGCGUUUUUCAUAAACCUCGUCACUACUGUGUGCUUCAAGGACAACAUCCCCCCAUCAAAGGGUGUCAUCCUUCACUUGUUGUCCUUCCUUAUGGUCGAGACAGACCCGAUUCCACUUAUCAGAGGUACCCCACCCCCCCCCACACACACACAUAUAUAUAUAUAUACACACACACACACACAAUUGACAGAUUGGAUGGAAGAUUGGGGCUCAAUAAGUGUUUGUAGAUGUGCUCUAUUUGUAUUGUCUUUGUACCAGCACAAAGUCAGAUACACACCAAAGAUUUCUCACCAUUCGAUGAGUCUCUGGACAAAAAUCCUGUGGUGAGAUCAGUGAUACUCAAACUCCUGCUCAAGUACAGGUGAGUGAACCAGAAAAGCUGCUAAUGUCGUUGUAAUGUUGCUGUAACCAGUAACGCAAUUCAAGGUUUCAGAUUAGGUAUGGUGUCAAAACAUUUUCCUGAAUUUAACUAAUUCAUGUUUUGUUUUUUAGCUUUGAUGAAGUCAAGGAAUAUCUGCAGCAGCAUUUGACAUCGAUAGAAGAGAGCAACAUUGUUGAGGCAGAAGAUAAAAAUGAACUCUAUGCGUUGUACAUUAACUGCCUUGAGGUAUGAUCUGAUUGGGUGUCAAUGCAGGCAGGCAAGACUGUUGUCCAAUCAGAAUAACAACAUAGAGCACGACUGCAGUAUGAUUACAUGACUAUUAUACAACUUUCUUUCGCAGGACUCAUUGUUGGACAGAAUGCCACAAGAAUACACCUGCCUUAAGGAAGAGACUGAGUUCUUGCAUCACUUCCUGGACUCUGUCACUGACUCGGCUGAGACGGUCACAAUAGAGUACCUGCAGCAGAUCGCUAGGGUCCGCCUGUGCCUGGGCAUGGCUGCACACCUUCUCCAUAGCAUGCUGUUUGGUGAGAAAAUGUAUUAAAAAGUUCUGCUCCAUGUUGGUUCAAAAUUGGGCUUAUUGGUAUAAAGGAAUUCUAAAAGAUAAUUGAAACCACUGCGCUCAGAACUGAUUCGAUUACCAAAAAUACACACAAAAAACUGACUUUAAAAUUAUUUUUAAAUGUAUUAAUUUAGAGGCAACAAGAGCAACAACAAACAUUUUGGCUGUUAGGCCAUCACAAAUGUGUGUCAUGGGGAAUGUAGAAAAGACUUGUAAUAAGUUUGAAUGGCUGAUCCAAGACAUGUCCUGAAAGAACUGUCUGGUUUUUCACAUUGUGCACAGGAGCAUGUGAAAGUCCUCAGGAAGUAGUUGAGGAGUUUCUUCGUGCUGUUAUGAACCUGUGUGAGAGGAGUGUGAACGACUGGUACCGGGUCUACAUGAUCCGCAACAUCAGCAGACAGCAGGGUGUAGAGUGUGUCCAGAAGAUGCUGAAGGAAGCCGAGUACAGGUGGCUUUUCCCUGAAGAGAUACAUCAACAGGUACAUAGUAACAUACGGUUUUCUUGAAUGUUUUAUGAACCUCAUUUUUAACUGUUGAAAAAGCCUGUAUUUAUUUUCCUUUAAUUAAAGUACUUGUCAAGGACUGUAUUAAAGUCAAAUGAAAGACUACAUAUACAGUGCAUUCGGAAAGUAUUCAGACCCCUUGACUUUCUCCACAUUUUGUUACAUUACAUCCUUAUUCUUAAAUAUAAUAAAUUACAUUAGUUCCUCUUCAAUCUACACAUAAUACCCCAUAAUGACAAUGUGAAAACAGGUUUUUAGAAAUGUUUGCAAAUGUAUAAAAUAAAAAAAGCAGAAAUACCUUAUUUACAUAAGUAUUCAGACCCUUUGCUAUGAGACUCGAAAUUGAGCUCAGGUGCAUCCUGUUUCCAUUAAUCAUCCUUGAGAUGUUACUACAACUUGAUUGGAGUCCACCUGUGGUAAAUUCAAUUGAUUGGACAUGAUUUGGAAAGGCACACACCUGUUUAUAUAAGGACCCACAGUUGACAGUGCAUGUUAGAGCAAAAACCAAGCCAUGAGGUCGAAGGAAUUGUCCGUAGAGCUCUGAGAUAGGAUUGUGUCGAGGCACAGAUCGGGGGAAGGGUACCAAAAAAUUUCUGCAGCAUUGAAGGUCCCCAAGAACACAGUGGCCUCCAACAUUCUUAAAUGGAAGAAGUUUGGAACCACCAAGACUCUUCUAGAGCUGGCCGCCCGGCCAAACUGAGCAAUCGGGAGAGUAGGGACUUGGUCAGGGAGGUGAGUAAGAACCCGAUGAUCCCUCUGACAGAGCUCCAGAGAUCCUCUGUGGAGAUGGGAGAAACUUCCAGAAAGACAACCAUCUCUGCAGCACUCCACCAAUCAGGCCUUUAUGGUAGAGUGGCCAGACGGAAGCCACUCCUCAGUAAAAGGCACAUGACAGCCCGCUUGGAGUUUGCCAAAAGGCACCUAAAGGACUCUCAGAACAAGAGAAACAGGAUUCUCUGGUCUGAUGAAACCAAGAUUGAAUGCUUUGGCCUGAAUGCCAAGCGUCACAUCUGGAGGAAACCUGGCACCAUCCAUACUGUGAAGUAUGGUGGGGGCAGCAUCAUGCUGUGGGGAUGUUUUUCAGUGGCAGGGACUGGGAGACUAGUCAGGAUUGAGGGAAAGAUGAACGGAGAGAUCCUUGAUGAAAAACUGCUCCAGAUUGCUCAGGACCUCAGACUGGGGUGAAGGUUCACCUUCCAAUAGGACAACGACCCUAAGCACACAGCCAAGACAAUACAGGAGUGGUUUUGGGACAAGUCUCUGAAUGUCCUUGAGUGGCCCAGAGCCCGGACUUGAACCUGAUCGAACAACUCUGGAGAGAACUGAAAAUAGCUGUUCAGCGACGCUCCCCAUUCAACCUGACAAAGCUUGAGAGGAUCUGCAGAGAAGAAUGGGAGAAUCUCCCCAAAUACAGGUGUGCCAAGCUUGUAGGGUCAUACCCAAGAAGACUCAAGGCUGUAAUCGCUGCCAAAGGUGCUUACAUUUACAUUUACAUUUUAGUCAUUUAGCAGACGCUCUUAACCAGAGCGACUUACAGGAGCAAUUAGGGUUAAGUGCCUUGCUCAAGGGCACAUUAACGUCAUUUAGCAGACGCUCUUAGCCAGAGCGACUCACAAAUUGGUGCGUUCACCCUAUAGCCAGUGGGAUAACCACUUUACAAUUUGGGGGGGGGGGGGGGGGGGGGGGGGUUAGAAGGAAUACUUUAGCCUAUCCCAGGUAUUCCUUAAAGAGGUGGGGUUUCAAAUGUCUCCGGAAGGUGGUGAGUGACUCCGCUGUCCUGGCGUCGUGAGGGAGCUUGUUCCACCAUUGGGGUGCCAGAGCAGCGAACAGUUUUGACUGGGCUGAGGGGGAGCUGUGCUUCCGCAGAGGAAGGGGAGCCAGCAGGCCAGAGGUGGAUGAACGCAAUGUCCUCGUUUGGGUGUAGGGACUGAUCAGAGCCUGAAGGUACAGGGGUGCCGUUCCCCUCACUGCUCCAAAGGCAAGCACCAUGGUCUUGUAGCGGAUGCGAGCUUCAAUUGGAAGCCAGUGGAGUGUGCGGAGGAGGGGGGUGACGUGAGAGAACUUGGGAAGGUUGAACACCAGACGGGCUGCGGCAUUCUGGAUGAGUUGUAGGGGUUUAAUGGCACAGGCAGGGAGCCCAGCCAACAGCGAGUUGCAGUAGUCCAGACGGGAGAUGACAAGUGCCUGGACCAGGACCUGCGCCGCUUCCUGUGUAAGGCAGGGUCGCACUCUCCGAAUGUUGUAGAGCAUGAACCUGCAGGAGCGGGUCACCGCCUUGAUGUUGGCGGAGAACGACAGGGUGUUGUCCAGGGUCACGCCUAGGCUCUUCGCACUCUGGGAGGAGGACACAGCGGAGUUGUCUACCGUGAUGGCGAGAUCAUGGAACGGGCAGUCCUUCCCGGGGAGGAAGAGCAGCUCCGUCUUGCCAGGGUUCAGCUUGAGGUGGUGAUCCGUCAUCCAUACUGAUAUGUCUGCCAGACAUGCAGAGAUGCGAUUCGCCACCUGGUGAUCAGAAGGGGGAAAGGAGAAGAUUAGUUGUGUAUCGUCAGCGUAGCAAUGAUAGGAAAGGCCAUGUGAGGAUAUGACAGAGCCAAGUGACUUGGUGUAUAGGGAGAAAAGGAGAGGGCCCAAAACCGAUCCCUGGGGGACACCAGUGGUGAGAGCACGUGGUGCGGAGACAGCUUCCCGCCACGCCACUUGGUAGGAGCGACCGGUCAGGUAGGACGCAAUCCAGGAGUGAGCCGCGCCGGAGAUGCCCAUUUCGGAGAGGGUGGAGAGGAGGAUCUGAUGGUUCACAGUAUCAAAGGCAGCAGACAGAUCUAGAAGGACAAGAGCAGAGGAGAGAGAGUUAGCUUUAGCAGUGCGGAGAGUCUCUGUGACACAGAGAAGAGCAGUCUCAGUUGAAUGACCAGUCCUGAAACCUGAUUGGUUUGGAUCAAGAAGGUCAUUCUGAGAGAGAUAGCAAGAGAGUUGGCUAAAGACGGCACGCUCAAUAGUUUUGGAAAGAAAAGAAAGAAGGGAUACUGGUCUGUAGUUGUUGACAUCAGUGGGGUCGAGUGUUGUUUUUUUGAGAAGGGGAGUAACUCUCGCUCUCUUGAAGACGGAAGGGACAUGGCCAGCGGUCAAGGAUGAGUUGAUCAGCGAGGUGAGGUAGGGGAGAAGGUCACCGGAGAUGGUCUGGAGAAGGGAGGAGGGGAUGGGGUCAAGCGGGCAGGUUGUUGGGCGGCCUGCAGUCACAAGUCGCAGGAUCUUAUCUGGAGAGAGAGGGGAGAAAGAAGUCAAAGCAUAGGGUAGGGCAGUGUGAGCAGGACCAGCAGUGUCAUUAGGCUUAACAAACAAGGAUCGGAUGUCGUCAACCUUCUUUUCAAAGUGGUUGACGAAGUCAUCCACAGAGAGAGAGGAGGGGGGGAGGGGGGGGGGAGGAUUCAGGAGGGAGGAAAAUGUGGCAAAGAGCUUCCUAGGGUUAGAGGCAGAUGCUUGGAAUUUAGAGUGGUAGAAGGUGGCCUUAGCAGCAGAAACAGAUGAAGAAAAUGUAGAGAGGAGGGAGUGAAAAGAUGCCAGGUCGGCAGGGAAUUUAGUUUUCUUCAACAAAGUACUGAGUAAAGGGUCUGAAUACUUAUGUAAAUGUGAUAUUUAUUUUUUUUAUUUUUUAUUUUAUAAAUUUGCUAAAAUGUCUAAAAACCUGUUUUUGCUUUGUCAUUAUGGGGUAUUGUGUGUAGAUUGAUGAGGGAAAAAAUUAUUUAAUCCAUUUUAGAAUAAGGCUGUAACAUAUCAAAAUGUGGAAAAAGUAAAGAGGUCUGAAUACUUUCCGAAUGCACUGUAUAUCAUAUGAUCUCUCUGUAAAUGAACUCUUGCAACGAAGAACCAUAUAUGUGACUGGUUAAAGGAUCUGGGGCAUUUGAUACUACUUCAUUCUUCACAGUAGGACCCAGCGUCUGGCUGCGAUAAUGGUGGAGUUGACCAUGCUGAUGAUUGGCCAUGCGUUUACAUGUGAAUUCUAAAAGAGAUGGGUGGGGCUAAGGCUUAAGAGGGUGUGAACGAUGCUGAAUGGGCGUAAACAAAGAAGAGAUCUCUCGGAAGUGAAAAUAGCAUCAACAUUUUUCAAAGGGCAUUUUGUCCUACUUGUCUCCUAAGUGGGAUAACAAGUUUAAUCAACUUUCAAAGCAGCAUAACUUUCCAAUGUUUCCUCCAACUGCAUUGUAUGAUAUACCAUUUUGAAGCUCUAACAUUUGACAUAAGCCCCCACAGAGAAAUCUGGUCACAUAUAUGUGCAUUUUGAAAAAUGCAGAUAUUGUCAAAUAUUUGUUUUAGUUUUUUACGUGUAUACCAUUGUGUAAUUAUUGAAAGAUCAAGUCAUCACACUGUCUGUUAAUUGUACUUGACCGUUUUUGAUUUCAUACUUAUUUUCCAUACUUUUUUAUAAUGAUUCAUGAAGUCGAUCAUAAAAAUAUAAAUAAAACACAUACUGUAUAUGGUUGUUCGUAUGUGGGAUUAUGUGCAGAAUGAAGAUGGUGGGCAGAUGGACCAGUAUCUGGUCUAUGGAGAGCAAUACCAGGCUGUACGGGAGGCUGUUGCCAAAGCAGUAUUAGAGGGCAGUGUGGAGGACAUAGAGAAGAUGUGUGAGGUAUUAGUGCAAUUCCACUCAGCACUCAACCACUGUCUCGCGCAUUACUAUUAUUAACCGGUUUAAAAGCAUUUCUAAUUAUCUGAGGUAAUGGAUCAUUGAUAAGAGGAUAAUCCUCCGCUCUGUGUCUUUGUCUUGUUUAUAGAGAUGUACUGCACCUCCAAGGAGGCGGACAUUGUAUGUCCUGCUGGCUCUUUUCAGAGAAGUCACCAGUCUGUACCGAGCAGCCAACACAAGCCUCCACCCCACAUCUAUGGUAGGACACCUCUAUGGUAGGACACCCCUAGGGUAGGACACCUCUAUAGUAGGACACCUCUAUGGUAGGACACCCCUAGGGUAGGACACCUCUAUGGUAGGACACCUCUAUGGUAGGACACCUCUAGGGUAGGACACCCCUAGGGUAGGACACCUCUAUGGUAGGACACCCCUAGGGUAGGACACCUCUAUGGUAGGACACCUCUAGGGUAGGACACCUCUAUGGUAGGACACCUCUAGGGUAGGACACCUCUAUGGUAGAACACCUCUAUGGUAGGACACCUCUAUGGUAGGACACCUCUAGGGUAGGACACCCCUAGGGUAGGACACCUCUAUGGUAGGACACCUCUAGGGUAGGACACCUCUACGGUAGGACACCUCUAGGGUAGGACACCUCUAUGGUAGGACACCCCUAGGGUAGGACACCUCUAGGGUAGGACACCUCUAGGGUAGGACACCUCUAGGGUAGGACACCCCUAGGGUAGGACACCCCUAGGGUAGGACACCUCUAGGGUAGGACACCUCUAGGACUCUGUUGAUGAUGAUAGAAAUAGGUCUAGUUAAAUGUCAACGUUUGAUUUUCAUAUCAUGUUGCUAUUUUAAUUUAAACAUGACCUUUCAUAGAUUCCUGAAAAGUCCCCCCAAAUCUCAAUCAACCCAUGUUGAUUGUCCCAGAAAAUGUUAGGAUGAAAGAUCUGUUAUGUCCAACUGAACCCUCAGUCCACACACAGAGGUUAUAUUUAACCAUAAUGGUUGUCCUCCCUCAGAAACGCCAAGCACUUGAGUACUUCAUCCAGGGUUCAAGGUACCUAGAUCCCAGGCCGGUGAGGGACUUUGCCAUGGCUUUGGUGCACAACAGGAUGGGAGGACUGACUGUCCAUAAUGGCCGUACCGGUGCAGAGCACGUCCUUAUAGAGCUGGCUGUCCACUUGGCCGCUGUGCUGCUCACUGGGACAGAAGGGGUGCUUACACCUCUUCAGCAGCUUGGCCUGACUCCUAACAACAUGCUGGUAUGAUUCCAUCUCACCUCCAUCUCAUAUUGGCUGCAUUUCAAUUGUCCACCCUUCUCCCGAAGUGUGCACCUGCACAGUUCCUCGCAUGGAUUAAACAAUGGUGGAAACUCACUCUAGCCAAUGCGUACACCAAUCCAAUGCUUUUAAAUCCAAAUGCACACUUUGGCAGAAGGGUGGAGAAUUUAAACGCAGCCAUUGUUCUCAUAAACGUUUUAUUCAAUGUUGAAUAUGGGAAUUCUGUCUUUAUCGGACUUUCUAUUGCAACAGAGAGCCUUCAUACCCACAAUGCCUGAAGACAUGCUGGCUAUGGCCCAAAGGGUUUUAACACAGACUGGAGGCCUUCAAGCACUCACCUGGUAUUGUAAGUACAGUGCCCAUAGAAAUGUUAACUAUAAAAUAUGCUUUCUCUCAAUUCACCUCUGGCAUAGAUUUAGUUAACCUAUUACUGCUGAAUCAGGGGUUACACCGAUUAUUUAUUGAUAGUCUUAAACAAAUCUACUUUGAAACAAAAUUAUACACCUCACACACAUGGUUAUGGGCUUUAAAAAAAAGACACCUGUACCAUGUCAGAUAUAGAGUUGAAAUGUAUUAUAUUUUGAGUUUUUAUCCCAAUAUUACACUUUAUAUCACAGAAGACUGAAAUAUAACAAAACCGUUUGACAUAGAAACACUGGAUUUUUUCGGCAGUCUUUAAAACAAGUAUAAUUAUGAAAUUAUGAAACAUAUUCAUAAUAUUUCACCCACAAAACACUUUCUUAAGAGCUCAACUCAUCCACUACCAAUAACAUUCACCUCAGCUUUCAGGUUGCAAUAGUUGUUGUGGCUACAGCUCAUAAUGUAGAUAAUCAUCUCAUACUGAUCCCCACUAAAUUACAGCUAUUGAAAAAUUGCAGCAUAGAACACAUAUUGUAAGCAUUAUAAUAGUACAUUAUAAUGACGCAUACAUUCACAUGAUAAGUAUAUAAAACAUUAUACCUGUUGGUAAAGUGUUACCGAGGAAUUAAAUGAUGAGUUGUGAUGUAUACUGAGUAAAACAUUGCAAAACUAAACAUUCCAAUGUCUUAUUGCCAUUUGUUCUCUACAGCUUGUCCUGAUGGGCACCCUUGUGCUGUUGGUGAGGUAAGCAGAGUUCUUCAUGUAAAAUUCAAUUGACAAAUAUUCAACAACGUUUCAAGCAGACCACCAUAGUCCCUGUGCCCAAGAACACCAAGGUAACCUGCCUAAAGGACUACCGACCUGUAGCACUCACAUCUGUAGCCAUAAAGUGUUUUGAAAGGCUGGUCAUGGCUCACAUCAACACCAUCAUCCCAUCAUCCCAGAAACCCUAGACCCACUCCAACUUGCAUACCGCCCCAAUAGAUCCACAGAUGACGCAAUAUCUAUUGCACUCAACAAGGUUACCUUGUGGUCCUCUGUAGCUCAGCUGGUAGAGCACGGCGCUUGAAACGCCAGGGUAGUGGGUUCGAUCCCCGGGACCACCCAUACACAAAAAUGUAUGCAUGCAUGACUGUAAGUCACUUUGGAUAAAAGCAUCUGCUAAAUGGCAUAUUAUUAUUAUAACACUGCCCUUUCCCACCUGGACAAAAGGAACACCUACGUGAGAAUGCUGUUCAUUAACUACAGCUCAGCGUUCAACACCAUAGUGCCCUCAAAGCUCAUCACUAAGCUAAGGACCCUGGGACUAAACACCUCCCUCUGCAACUGGAUCCUGGACCUCCUGACGGUCCACCCCCAGGUGGUGAGGGUAGGCAACAACAAAUCUGCCACGCUGAUCCUCAUCACGGGGGCCCCUCAGGGGUGCGUGCUCAGUCCCCUCCUGUACUCCCUGUUCACCCAUGACUGCGUGGCCAGGCACGACUCCAACACCAUCAUUAAGUUUGCCGACGACACAACGUGGUAGGCCUGAUCACCGACAACGAUGAGACAGCCUAUAUGGAGGUGAUCAAGACAAAGGAGAUGAUUGUGGACUACAGGAAAAGGAGGGCCGAGCACGCCCCCAUUCUCAUCGACGGGGCUGUAGUGGAGCAGGUUGAAAGCUUCAAGUUCCUUGGUGUCCACAUCACCCAACAAACUAUCAUGGUCCAAACACACCAAGACAGUCGUGAAGAGGGCACAACAACGCCUAUUCACCCUCAGGAGACUUGACAUUGGUCCUCAGAUCCUCAAAAAGUUAUACAGCUGCACCAUCGAGAGCAUCCUGACUGGUUGCAUCACCGCCUGGUAUGGCAACUGCUCGGCCUCCGACCGCAAGGCACUACAGAGGUUAGUCGGUACGGACCCAGUACAUCACUGGGGCCAAGCUUCCUGCCAUCCAGGACCUCUAUACCAGGCGGUGUCAGAGGAACGCCCUAAAAAUUGGCUAAGACUCCAGCCACCCUAGUCAUAGACUGUUCUCUCUGCUACCGCACGGCAAGCGGUACCGGAGCACCAAGUCUAGGUCCAAAAGGCUUCUUAACAGCUUCUAACCCCAAGCCAUAAGACUGCUGAACAGCUAAUCAAAUGGCUACCCGGACUAUUUGCAUUGACCCCCCCCCCCCCCCCCCUUUUACGCUGCUGCUCCUCGCUGUUUAUUAUCUAUGCAUAGUCACUUUACCCCUACCUACAUGUACAUAUUACCUUGACUAACCUGUCCCCCCGCACAUUGACUCGGUACCGGUACCUCCUGUAUACAGCCUUGUUAUUGUUAUUUUAUUGUUGAUCUUUUAUUUUUUUACUUUAGUUUAUUUAGUAAAACAUUUUCUUAACUCUUAUUUUUCUUAAAACAGCAUUGUUUGUUAAGGGCUUGUAAGUAAGCAUUUCCCGGUAAGGUCUACACCUGUUGUAUUCGGCGCAUGUGACAAUUGAUUUGAUUAACUACACAGCAGACUAAUUCACCCCCUCUUUGCAGUGUGGUCGCCCCACCCAGCUGGCACACUGUCUAGAGUGUGGGGCAGUGGUUGGAGGGGAGAGACAUGCUCCUGUGAGAGGUUUCAGUGCUAUUGGACUGCAGCGGUAAGUUGGUUCUCUGUGGUGCUUACAAAAGGGGCUUCCCGUUGAUAUUGCUGCUAAAGCAUCAGAUUGACAGAUCCCAUGUUGAAUGACUGAACUUGUCCUCUUAGGGGAGAUCUGACAAGGACUGGCCACAUCCUAGGAGAUCCUCAGAGGAGGGACAACCCAGACUCCCUGGACACCAAAAACAUGUCCCUCACCCCCUUCACCCCCAUCCAGCAGAUCAUCCAGCCUCCAGUUCCGGACGCCUGA